AUGAAGGAAGUAUUGGAGAUUCUCAAGGACUCAACAAUUGCCUCGAAGACCGGCAAGGACGACCGCUCUCGUUUUUGGGCAGCAUACAAAAGCGUCGCUGAGGAACACGACGAUGAGUUCCUGUAUCGAUACAACAAUGACAUGAAGAUUAUAUUAAUCUUUUCUGGUCUGUUUUCCGCCGUCGGCGCUGCUUUUAUUGUGUCCAUGGAGCCGAAUCUCAGUCCAGACCCCAACGACACCACGCAUGCCCUUCUUACACAGCUCGUCCAAAUCGGACUCGGCAACUUCACUGCCGCGGGGUCUACGCCAGCAGCGCCAGCAUCUACCUGGUCGCCGACCACAGCCACCAUAAGGAUCCAAUGUAUCGCCUACGCAAGCUUGUCCUUCAGUUUACUCGCUGCUUUCGGGGCCGUGCUGGGAAAGCAGUGG